GAGAUAAACCAACCAGGGGAUAAGCCUCUCUAGAGAAUCCAAGUCAGAGCAAAGCGGAAGACCCGCCCCCGACGGGAGGAAGAGGGCGGGGUAACCUCAGGCUCCGCCUCUGCCCUCGGCGCACUUGGAUGACGUAAACAGCGCGCCAGAAUUCGAGGAUCUCCGGAUCUGGGAGGACCGCUUACACGAAUCUAACUCAUCUUCCCAGCAAGGGACACUUGCAGAGAUGUCCUCAGUUCUUCACUUCUAUGUCCGUCCCUCUGGCCAUGAGGGGGCAGCCUCUGGGCACACUCGAAGGAAGCUACAGGGGAAACUGCCAGAGCUGCAGGAUGUCAAGACUGAGCUGUGCUACAAUGUCAACUGGGCAGCGAAGUCCCUCCCAAAUACUGAGGAGAUGAAGAAGCUGAUGUGGCUCUUUGGCUGCCCUUUGUUACUGGAUGAUGUUGCUCAGGAGUCCUGGCUCCUUCCCAGCUCCAGUGACCUACUGCUGGAGGUCGGGCCCAGGCUGAACUUCUCCACCCCCACAUCAACCAACAUCGUGUCGGUGUGCUUGGCUGUGGGACUAGAGGCUGUGGAUCGUGUGGAGACUACUCGGCGCUACCUGCUCUCGUUUGCCCACCCCACUUCAGCUGAGAUGGAGACCAUCGCUCUGGCUACCCUUCAUGACCGGAUGACAGAGCAGCACUUCCCCCGUCCCAUCCAGAGCUUCUCCCUUGGGUGCAUCCCAAGACCCCUUGACAGCCCUAUCAACAUACUGGCUGAGGGCCGGCCUGCCCUGGAGAAAGCCAACCAGGAGCUAGGUCUUGCUCUAGACUCCUGGGACCUGGAUUUCUACACCAAGCGCUUCCUUGAGCUGCAGCGGAACCCCAGCACUGUGGAGGCCUUCGACUUGGCUCAGUCCAAUAGCGAGCACAGUCGACAUUGGUUCUUCAAGGGCCGACUCCACGUGGAUGGGCAGGAACUGGCACAAUCGCUGUUUGAGUCCAUCAUGAGCACCCAGGCAUCCUCGAGCCCCAACAACAUCCUCAAGUUCUGUGACAACAGCAGUGCUAUCCAGGGAAAGGAAGUCCGAUUCCUACGGCCCAAGGACCCCACACAGCCAAGCUGCUUCCAGCAACAGCAGGGGCUAAGACAUGUGGUCUUCACAGCAGAGACCCACAACUUCCCCACAGGAGUAGCCCCCUUCAGCGGUGCAGCAACAGGCACAGGGGGCCGGAUCCGGGAUGUCCAGUGCACAGGCCGUGGGGCCCACGUGGUGGCGGGCACUGCUGGCUAUUGCUUUGGAAACCUGCAUAUCCCAGGUUAUAGUCUGCCCUGGGAGGAUCCGAGUUUCCAGCAUCCUGGGAACUUUGCCCGGCCUCUGGAGGUUGCCAUUGAGGCCAGUAAUGGGGCUUCUGACUAUGGCAACAAGUUUGGCGAACCAGUGCUGGCCGGCUUCGCCCGCUCCUUGGGCCUCCUGCUCCCCGAUGGCCAGCGGCGUGAGUGGAUCAAGCCCAUCAUGUUUAGUGGGGGCAUUGGGUCCAUGGAAGCUGAGCAGGUGAGCAAGGAGCCCCCAGAGCCAGGCAUGGAUGUUGUAAAGGUUGGGGGUCCUGUCUACAGGAUUGGAGUUGGGGGUGGAGCUGCUUCGUCUGUGCAGGUGCAGGGAGACAACACCAGUGAGUUGGACUUUGGAGCUGUACAACGGGGAGACCCAGAGAUGGAACAGAAGAUGAACCGUAUAAUCCGGGCUUGUGUGGAGGCCCCCAGGGGAAACCCCAUCUGUAGCCUCCAUGACCAGGGUGCUGGUGGCAAUGGCAAUGUCCUGAAGGAACUGAGUGACCCAGCUGGAGCCAUCAUUUACACCAGCCGCUUCCAGCUCAGGGAUCCAACCCUGAAUGCCCUGGAAAUCUGGGGGGCCGAGUACCAGGAGUCAAAUGCCCUUCUCCUGAGGCCCCCCAGCCGGGACUUCCUGAGGCGCGUCAGUGCCCGGGAGCGCUGCCCAGCUUGCUUUGUGGGCACCAUCACUGGCGACGGGAGGAUAGUGCUGGUGGAUGAUCGGGAGUGUCCCGUGGGAAGAAAUGGCCAGGGGGAUGCCCCCCCGACGCCACCCCCAACCCCUGUGGACCUGGAGCUGGACUGGGUGCUGGGCAAGAUGCCUCGGAAGGAGUUCUUCCUCCAAAGGGUCCUCCCCGUCCUACAGCCACUGGCCCUGCCCCCAGAGCUGAGCGUGCACCAGGUUCUGGAACGGGUUCUGAGGCUGCCUGCCGUGGCCAGCAAGCGCUACCUCACUAACAAGGUGGACCGCUCUGUGGGUGGCCUGGUGGCGCAGCAGCAGUGUGUUGGACCCCUGCAGACCCCUCUGGCAGAUGUAGCUGUUGUGGCACUGAGUCACCAAGAGCUUGUAGGGGCUGCCACAGCCCUGGGAGAGCAGCCAGUCAAGAGCCUGCUGGACCCCAAGGUUGCCGCCCGGCUGGCUGUGGCUGAAGCCCUCACCAACCUGGUGUUUGCUCUGGUCACUGACCUCCAGGAUGUGAAAUGCAGUGGGAAUUGGAUGUGGGCAGCCAAACUCCCAGGGGAGGGUGCGGCUCUGGCCGAUGCCUGUGAGGCUAUGGUGGCAGUGAUGGCAGCUCUGGGUGUAGCGGUGGAUGGUGGCAAGGACUCCCUUAGCAUGGCUGCCCGGGUGGGCUCUGAUACCGUGCGGGCUCCUGGAUCUCUGGUCAUCUCAGCUUAUGCUGUCUGUCCAGACAUUACAGCCACUGUGACCCCAGACCUCAAGUAUCCUGGAGGAAGAGGCCAACUGCUCUACGUGCCUCUGAGCCCUGGGCAGCACCGGCUGGGAGGCACAGCUCUGGCCCAGUGCUUCUCCCAGCUUGGUGAGCAGCCUCCCAACCUGGACUCCCCUGAGAACUUGGUGCAUGCCUUCAGCAUUACCCAGGGGCUGCUGAAAGACCGCGUCCUCUGCUCAGGCCAUGACGUCAGCGAUGGGGGUCUCAUCACCUGCCUGCUAGAAAUGGCCUUUGCCGGAAAUUGUGGGAUCCAGGUGGAUAUACCUGCCCCUGGGGUUGACGCUCUGCCUGUGCUAUUUGCUGAGGAGCCAGGCCUGGUGCUGGAGGUGCAGGAGGCAGACCUGGCCCAAGUGCUAAAGCGGUACCGGGAUGCUGGCCUCUGCUGCUUGGAGCUGGGCCGUACAGGAGACGCGGGGCCCCACGCCAUGGUACGGGUAUCAGUGAACGGGCCUGUGGUUCUCGAGGAGCCUGUUGGGCAACUACGAGCCCUCUGGGAGGAGACGAGUUUCCAGUUGGACCGGCUGCAGGCAGAGCCACACUGUGUAGUCGAGGAAGAACGGGGGCUGAGGGAGCGGACAGGACCCAGCUACUGCCUGCCCCCCACUUUUCCUAAAGCUUCCAUGCCCCACGAGCCUGGUGGUCCCACCCCCCGAGUUGCCAUUCUGCGAGAGGAAGGCAGUAAUGGAGACCGAGAGAUGGCUGACGCCUUCCACUUGGCUGGGUUUGAGGUGUGGGAUGUGACCAUGCAGGACCUCUACUCUGGGGCAGUCAAGCUGGACAUGUUCCGCGGUGUAGCCUUCGUGGGUGGCUUCAGCUACGCAGAUGUCCUGGGCUCUGCCAAAGGGUGGGCGGCUGCUGUGACCUUUCAUCCACAGGCAGGGGCUGAACUGCGGCGCUUCCGGAAGCGGCCAGACACCUUCAGCCUGGGCGUGUGUAAUGGCUGCCAACUGCUGGCUCUGCUGGGCUGGGUGGGAGGCAACCCCAAAGAGGAGGCAGGAGAGAUAGGCCAUGACUCCUGGCCAGUGCAGCCAGGCCUCCUGCUGCGCCACAACCUAUCUGGGCGUUACGAAUCUCGCUGGGCCAGUGUGCGUGUGGGGCCCGGGCCGGCCCUGAUGCUGCGAGGGAUGGAGGGUGCCGUGCUGCCCGUGUGGAGUGCUCAUGGGGAAGGUUACAUGGCAUUUUCUUCUCCGGAACUUCAAGCUCAGAUUGAGGCCCGGGGCUUGGCUCCGCUGCACUGGGCUGAUGAUGAUGGAAAGCCCACCGAACAGUACCCCCUGAAUCCCAACGGGUCCCCAGGGGGUGUGGCUGGCGUCUGCUCCCUUGAUGGCCGCCACCUGGCUCUCAUGCCUCACCCUGAGCGGACUGUGAGGCCUUGGCAGUGGGCAUGGCGACCCCCUCCAUUUGACACUCUGACCACCUCCCCCUGGCUCCAGCUCUUCAUCAAUGCCCGAAAGUGGACCCAGGAAGGAGGCUGCUGAGAGGCCAGGGAGGCUUACCUGAGCCUCAUGAUUUGUGCCUGGGAUAUCUGCUGCCCUGUCUCUUACUUCUUCAGAGCACUCCAUAUUAUUUCCAAAUGUGUCUUUGACAAAGAACACAUGCCAAAAAACCUCAGCUAAUUUUAUUAGUCUGCUUGCUUUUGCCUUAUGCUGUUAGGUCUGGUUUUAGUUCUCCUUUAACAUCUGUCCUUUGUGGGCCAGGGAAGCAGGAUGUGGUUCAGAGAAGAGUGGCUGCAGUGGGAAGUUAGGGUGUUGGGGGGGCUCCAUUGCCCCACUUCACCCAGUGUACUUCAUGCCACUCAUCUGGGCCUGGAGGGGUAUUUUAUGUCCUCCUCUUCCUCAUUGACAUUUAGAGAAUGGGGGCAUAUAAAAGCAUGCACGUGAGGACCUCAGCAUUCUCAUCUGAGAAAGAUUAAGAGCUUUCUAGAUUCCUCUUCUAAAAUGCAGCAGUGUGCUAAGUGUGAAUAAUUGUUUGCAGAACUGUCUCUGGCUGUAUCAGAGGGCUGCCGUGGCAUUGGUCUCUGGACUCACUAUCCUGAGUUUUAUGUCUAAUUUGGCAGCUCUCUUCCUGACAGAAGUGGUCAGUACCCUCAUCCCCAGCACUGAGCCUUUAAUGUUGGUUGGUUCGUUCAUUCCUUCAUUCCAUUAAGGUGAUCAGUUGCAGUGCCAAGGACUGUCACUGACCCCAGAAAUUUAUGAUCUGAUAGACUUUAAAAUAAUAGCUGUUAGUAUGUGAGCCAAGCGUGUGUUGGGGAUUUUAUAUGUAUCUAAAUUAUUUUUCAGAAGAAUUCAGCAAGGUACUUGAUAACCUUUUUUUUUUCCCCAAAGGAAGAAUUAAGGUUAAAUAAAUUGCCUAAGGUCACACAGCUCUUAAGGACAGGGCCAGAAGGCCAUGCUCACUUGUGUGUCACCUGCUUCCUACCGUCCUGCAGUCACACUUCCUGCCGGAUGGUAGCAUCGAGAGUUCUUGCUGACCGCUGUCCAUUGCUUCCUUCCCUCAUAGGAGUGUGUAUACAAGUCACUUGCCCAUGAACUGUCCUAUUGUACAGCUCAAGUCAGCUUGCCCCCUAAACAGUUUGUUUUCAUUAAGGAAGUUUCCCUGAGAAUGUAGACUGAAAUCUCAGAUUCCUGAGGGCACUGGGCCUGGGGAAGCUGAGAAGUGGAGCAUCUGUUCCUGGAGCAGAGGAUCCGCCGUAGGAAGAGGUUAAUCGCAGUGAAACCAUCUUUAAUUACAGCUAUGGAGAAAAACA